AUGAAUAAUAAUUUUCAAAAUGAAAAUUUCAAAGAAGACAAUUAUAUUAAGGCAUGGAUUAAGCAGUCGGAAAAUCCGGAGCUUUAUAAAAACUGGAACGACAUAGAGGAACAGAGUUACCCAAACGAAUUGGUGAAGGUUGUUGACUUUAACAACUUCAAUAGUAACCUUAUAAACACAAUUAUGACAGAACAUUCUGUGGAAAUGUCCCAAAAAAAAAAGAAAAGAAAAGCGUAUAGUUUAUUUUAUAUAGGAGGCAGCAUGGCUGAUAGACCCAAGUUACAAUUGAAGGAAGAAAAAAAACGUAUGUCCAUUAAAAAAAUGAAAAGGGAAAAUAUUUGUACAGAAAAUAAUUACAACGAUAUGAUGAUCUGUGGGAAUUUUAUCAAUUCCUCUCCACUUAUAAAAUUAAAAGAAUUUACAAAGCCAAGUUAUGGAAGUGAAAGCACGAGUGAAUUUUUUAAUAAUUACGAGUUUGAAACUCCAAUUAAAGUCCUCAGCUCCAAGAAAAAAUCUUAUGAUUAUAAAAAUAAAAAAGAUAAUAGUACUACGAACACAACCAAGGAAAACUCCUCACAGGAAAAUGCCUCAUCCAAUAACAGCGAAACUAAGAGGACCAUCAAUUUUUCCAAUAAGACAGAGGAUUUUAACGACCUGCAUUACAACUCCGAUAACGAUUACUUGACGUCUUCCGAAUAUGUGGACGACGAUGACUCGUCCAGGUGCUCGAACAAGAAGCAGAGUGAAGUGAACUUUCUCGGUCAGCGAUUGGAUUACAAGGUCGUUGGCAACGUCAUAAAUAUUUCAAAGGACCACCCGCAUUUUACUAUGAUGUGA